UAUUGCAGUACUCAAACAAUACAUAACCAAACCAACUUUGUUUAACACAACAACACAUCACAGUGACACCAACCACUCUCUUUCUCUUUUUCUCUCUCUCACACACACACAAAUUCUCUCUAAUCUUGUUGCUUCAUUCAUCAAUUCAACUUCUCUGUUGUUUGUUUGAUGGAAAACUGUCUCAUCCACCACCACCAUCACACACUCCUCACUCUACCAUCAUCAUCUCAUAAACCCCACUUCAGAUUCUUCACAAGGCCUGAUUUUGGUGGCGGUGGUGGUGCUUUUCCUGUUUCUUCCUCUUGUUUGUCACACCACAGGCGUAGACCCUUCAUCAGAGCAAGUGCUGGAGCCACCCCAUGUGAGUUUAGCAGCCUGAACUCUCCUUUGGAGCCCCGUUCCAUGGUGGGGAAGUUCCUCAGUGGCGUGCUUCAGAACCACCCUCAGAUGUUCCAUGUUGCUGUUGGGGAAGAGCUCAAGCUCUUGGCUGAGGAUCGUGAUGCGGCACAUGCUCGCAUGGUGCUUGGUUCUGUCACUGAUGAGGCCUUGCUGCACAGGAGGAUUGCACAACUAAAAGAGAAUCAAUGUCAAAUUGCUGUAGAAGAUGUUAUGUACUUGCUGAUUUUUUACAAGUUUUCUGAGAUCAGGGUCCCUUUGGUACCAAAACUUUCUAGUUGCCUUUACAAUGGCAGGCUAGAGAUAUUGCCUUCUAAGGACUGGGAACUAGAGUCUAUUCAUAGCUUGGAAGUUUUGGAUAUGAUAAGGGAACACAUAACUACUGUAACUGGCUUGAAAGCAAAAUCUAGUGUAACUGAGUGUUGGGCAACAACCCAAGUUAGACAAUUCUUACUUGCCCGAGUUUAUGUUGCCUCCAUAUUAUAUGGUUACUUUUUGAAGUCAGUUUCAUUGAGGUACCACCUAGAACGAAAUCUAUCUUUGGCUGACCAUGAUAUUCACCUUGGUCAUAGGACUUCCCUUAUGUGUUCUUAUGGAUUAAAAGAUGCCAUCUUUGGCCACUUGAGUAACAUGCCAUCCUUAGGGCAAGGGUUAAUCAGGCCAGAAGAGGAGGUUGAGGACUUAAAAUGUUAUGUUAUGAGCUUUCAUCCUGGAUCAUUGCAGAGAUGUGCCAGAUUGAGAUCUAAGGAGGCUGUGAAUUUGGUUGGUAGUUAUAGUUGUGCACUCUUUAACAACAAUGAAUCAGGUUCGUUUGAGAAUGAUGAUGUUAUUUUGACUUCAUUUUCUAGCUUGAAGAGACUAGUCUUGGAAGCUGUUGCCUUUGGAUCUUUCCUGUGGGAGACAGAAGAUUACAUUGACAAUGUCUAUAAGCUUAAGGAAGACUAAGUAGUGUAAGGGCACUAGUAGCCAAAAUAUUUCUGAGUUGUGAAGCGAAUUCUCCUUGUAUAUAGAGUGAGUUUUGGAGUUAUGUUUAUAUUGUAUAUAUAGUACACCUUUACUCUAUAUAAUGUAAAGCUCUAGUGCUUGCACUUUCUAAGUUGAUAGAUAUUUUGAACAGUACAAAGUUGUUUGGAUCAAUAUCUUUUGAAUAUUUACCAAGUUUUUACAUUAUCA